GGUCACACAGCUGGAGGGGGCCGGUAAAAAUAUUUAUCAAAAUCCGCUUUAAUUAUGGCCCAAAACGACCCUGGCAAUGGAAACCUGAUGGAAAAGAAGCUGCAGGGGUUCCAGCUGGUGGCACAGGAAAAGCUGCAAGCCAUACUGUGUUCGAUUCCCGGCAAAAAGGAUCUUAUUCUGGAGCCAGCUCUGAUCAAACCGCUGGAACACAUCUGCACAGCAUCCUGGCUAAAAUUAAAGGGCAUACAGAGGAUCUACAAGCAUGAUGCCAAACAGAGUUUGCCACGUUCCGCGGAUGAGGUGCACAUUUAUAUGAUUCGCAGCGUGUUGGGCACCUAUCAGACACUGCUGCGUCAGCUGCAACCGCUGGCCACGGUGGAGACACCCGACAUAUCGCUGAAGAUGUACCACAUCAUCUGUGUGCCCAGCUGCUAUACGUAUUACCAGACGCUGCUCGAGCAGGCGGGGCUGUGGGGCCUGGUGGAGCUCCACCACUACAAUUGGGACUUCAUCUACUUUGACCAAGGAGUUCUCAGCCUGGAGUUGCCUAAUUUGUAUGAGUGCCUGUACCUCCAUGGCGACAACUCGCCCCUGCCGGCUGUGGCUCAGAGCCUGCGGCUGCUUCAAAUGAUCUGUGGCCCACCUGCGGUGAUUCUGAGCUUCGGCUCACACUCGGCACAGUUGCUACAAAUGCUACAGGCACUGGGCAAGCCGCCAAACUCCACCAAUCCCCCCGACUAUGGCGCCUGGCUGAUCAUCGAUCGGGACAAGGACUAUCCCUCGAGUCUGCUCACGCCCGCCAUCUAUGCGGGUCUGCUGCUGGAAGUGUUCCAGCAGCGGGCAGGCGAAAUAGUCGUAGAUAAUUCCAAGAACAAGAUCAGCAGUCAGCGCGUGGAGCUGUUGCAGAGCAAGCAGCCAAAGGCGGCGACAAACGCCAGCAAAUCCAUCUCGGUGCGGCUCAACUCUGCCUCCGAUGAGAUCUAUGGCGACAAUCGCUACAAGCACUUUGCACAGGCCAGCAGUUUGAUACGCGCACAGGUCAAGGCCUUGGGCCUGGAGCUGCAAAAGCUCAACGACAUGCAGCUGGAGGAGAUGCACGAUUACGUGGCCCGAAAGCUGCCGAAACUGACGGAACUCAAAGCAAAAGUCUUGCGGCAUUUGAAUGCCAGUGAAAUUGUGAUCCAAAUGUUGGGAAACUUUCGUAGACUGCAGACCCUGGAGGAGGAUAUACUGAACAAUGUGUCCAGGAAGCGACUGCUGGGGGAGAUUGAUGAACUGCUGACGACAGAUGGGCAGCGUUACAAUACCCUGCGCCUGCUCUGUCUGCUGCAUCACUGUGCGGGCGUGGCCCCCGAGGAGUUGCAGUUGUUUGCGAGGAACUACUGCAACAUGUUUGGCCAUCGGGAGCUGGGUGUGUUCCAGCAGCUGGCCCAAGCGGCGCUGCUGCCCCAGCUGUUGCCCGAAAAGAAGGCGCCCACCAAGCUGCUGGCCAAUCUGCCCUUGCCCAAGUUCCAGCAAACCGAGUUCCAAGCCAAUGCCAAUCGCCUGAAGCUGCUUACAUCCUGCGGCGAUGGACCGGAUGGCGCUGCCACCUCAAAGGGCCCACAGGGCGUACAGUCCUGCCCCAGUUUUGUGUUCAAUGGCACGUACAUACCGCUGGUGGCACAGCUGUGCUCCAUUCUGCUGCGCGCCAACAAUGCUGAGGAUCUGUCCAGCAAGCUCUCCAUGGUCGAGGGCUUGCAACUCCAUUUGGACAGCAGCAGCAGCAGACAGACACCCAAGGCCUAUGCUGCACAGCAGCGGACGCCACCAGGUGCGGCCACACCCUCCAGUGGGGUGGAUGCGGAUGUGUUUCCCCUGCGACUACGUAAUCUCUUUGUCUUUGUGGUUGGCGGGGCCAACUAUGCGGAGAUAGCCGCCUGUGAUUUCAUCUCCAAGCUGACUGGAGCCCACAUCACAGUCGCCUCCGACUCUCUAAUGGCUGGAAGCGAUCUAAUCGCCGCCGCCUUCAGCAACUGAAUUUAAUACGCCGAAAGUCCGGAAGAACUCUUUAUUUUAUAUACAACUUCUACGCGUGCUUUGUAAUAAAAAGUCACACACCA